GUGAUUUGAUUGGUCAAUCGGAUUCGGUCAGUCAAUGUGCGCUGGAAAUUCGAACGAUCAACACGCACACCAAAAUUGUAAACUGGACCACAACUUUUUAAGAAGAGAAGCCGUUUUAAAAGCAAGAUUUACAACCGUUUUGAGAAAUUGACUGCAAUAACUUAUCAUGAAACCAACACGGGGUAAGACGCCGAAGAAAACACCAAGGAAACCACAGAACAAAGACCCAGUCGAGGUAUACUGCCGGCUCAGACCAGUGAGUGCAGGAGAAACAAAUCUAUGUGUGGAUGUCAUCAGCAGCAAUACCAUUAAGCUCACACCUCCAGAGAAUUCCAUUGCAGUGAAGAAUGGAAACUACAAAGAAACACAGCAUUCCUUCAAGUUUGUCUUCCCGGAGCAAUUAUCCCAGAAGGCAUUGUUUGAUCACGUUGCCUUGCCCCUAGUGGAUGACCUCCUCCAUGGAAAAAAUGCCCUGCUGUUCAUGUACGGCAUCACAGGGUCAGGGAAGACCUACACUAUGCAAGGAACACCUGGUGAUGGUGGGAUACUUCCUAGGUGUCUGGAUGUCCUAUUCAACAGUCUAGGAGAGCUACAGGCCAGAAAAUAUGUGUUCAGGCCGGAUAGAUCUAAUGGUAUGGAUGUACAGACAGAGGCAGAUGCCAUGAUGGAACGACAGAGGCGGGAACUAUUGGCUCCACCUCCCACACCGAAGAGCACUCCCAAAACACCAAGAAGGAGACCACCGCAGGAAGAUCCAGCCAACUUCAUCCGCGUCCCAGACACCAAUCGAAUCGGCACGGUGGAUGAGGAUAACAACUAUGCCGUCUUUGUCUCCUACAUCGAGAUAUACAACAACUACAUCUACGAUCUGCUUGAGGAACAACCUGGAGACUUCCACAAUCAGAAGCCAUGGCAGACCCCAGGGUCACGGGAUGAUCUCCAUGCCAUACCACUGCAAUCCAAGACACUACGUGAAGACUUGAACCACAACAUGUAUGUGGCUAACUGCACGGAGGUGGAAGCUAAGAACACAGAGGAUGCAUACGCUGUCUUUAUUAAAGGACAAAGGAGACGAAAGGUUGCUCACACCCAACUGAACACUGAGUCUAGCCGCAGCCACAGCGUCUUCAACAUCAGACUGGUCCAGGCUCCACUCGAUCCAGUAGGAGAAGAAGUUCUGCAGGAUAAGAACCAGGUCUGCAUCAGCCAGCUUGCCCUGGUGGAUCUAGCCGGCAGUGAGCGCACAGGAAGAACUCAGAACUCUGGAGAUAGACUCAGGGAGGCUGGCAACAUCAACGCCUCCCUAAUGACGCUCCGAACCUGCAUUGAAGUCCUGAGGGAAAAUCAGGUCAACUCCAGCAGUAAGAUUGUGCCAUAUCGAGACUCUAAAGUGACCCAUCUGUUCAAGAAUUAUUUUGACGGCGAGGGGAAAGUACGGAUGGUGGUGUGUGUCAAUCCCCAGGCAGCAGACUACGAUGAAACAACGCAUGUAAUGAGGUUUGCAGAGGUGACACAAGAAGUAACGGUUGCCAGACCUACGGCCAUCAAAUUCGACAUCGGCUUGACCCCAGGAAGACGGAGAGCUAACCAAAUGUAUAAGAAGAUGAUUGAAGAUGGUGACGUUGAGAACCUCCCCAUGCAUACACCGGUCAUCAUCAACCUCGGCCCGGCAUUCCCCUGCUUAGAGGUCAGUGACCCCAAUGAGGACACCAUCAUGCAGAAUUUGAUUUCCUUCUUGGCUGAGAGGGAGAAGAAACGACACACUCUGCAAGAAGAGCUCACCCGCAAACAGGGCGUCUUCCGUGCCAAGUUGAUGGACAUGGAGCGAGAGAUGGAAACGCUGAAGCAGCAUAACAACGAUCUCCAGAUGAAGCUCUCCUCCAAGGACAAGAACACGCUGCGCUUUGAGAAGAAGAUCCGUAAUCUGGAGCAAGAGAAAGGGAUGCUGCAGAAGACCCAGACGGCGUAUGAAUAUUCAAAGCGAGAACUGGAAUCAGAGCUCCACACCGAGAAAGAAAGAAUCCGCAAGGAACAACAAGAGAAGGAUAAACUGAGACAGGCGCUGAAGGGCGUAGCUGGAAGCGAAAAACUGAAAUGGGAAAAAGAAUGUGAGAAGCGAGUGAAGGCAACUCAGAUGGAGAUGCAGACUAAGAUUUGGGUGAAGGAUGAGAAGUUGCGCCAACUGAAGCAGAUCGUCUGCGCCCGCCAGGAGCGAGAGGACAAUGCCAAGAAAGUGAAGGCAGACCUGAACCGAACCCGAUCGCCGCCUGCCAGGAUGACGCAGCCUCCGGUCAAGCUGAGGCAUCGGCGGUCACGCUCAACGUCCAACGCGUGGGUAGACCACAAGCCAGCGUCAACAAUAGAUACUGAAACUGUACUCCAGCCCGCUGGACUGAAGAAGAAGCGAACCGUGGCAAUGCCUACGGUCAAGGAUCUUAAAGGCACAGAGAAUUACAUGCUGACCCAUCAGGAAGAGGAUUCCAAGGGUGAAGUAGAGACCAAACUGUACAAGGCUGAGGUCCUACAGACACGUGGAGGUGGCCGAUCCGUGCAAUUCACAGACAUUGAGAAACUGAAGAUUGAAAGACAGCGCUCUACCAGUCCCAUGGAUCGCAAGCGUCCAGCGGAAGAGGAACUUGAUAGUGGAGACUGGACGGAUGUUGAGACCAGGUGUGCAGUUGGAUACGAGGGUAGACCAGGCAAUGCAGACCCUGCCGCUGGGCACAUUGUCCCUAGCAAGAAAGCCAAGAAAUGAAGUUGCGUGGAGGCGUUGAUGUAAAAGGUUAAAAGGCAUAUUAGCUGGCAUAGGUUAUGAAUCAUGACAUUGCAAUUAGAUCAUACAGUAUUGGCCGCUAGUAUUAUUUGCUAUGCAAAAGAAAGAAAUUGAAAUAAAAACCAUGUAGUGCAAAGUAAUACAAAAAUGCAGUAUAUAAUAGGCAAAGAAAGCUGAAGUGUGUAAUAGAAUAACAAAUCAGAUUUGGAUAAUGACCCUAAUGCAUUUUUUAACGACAACACAGUAAGGAAAUAAUCUGCAUUAGCGUUACAAGAUAGACAGUCACAAUAGGGAAGGUACCUAUGAACCAGUCCAUAGUGUCAUACCAGUCCAUAGUGUCAUACCAGUCCAUAGUGUCAUACCAGUCCAUAGUGUCAUAGGGCCCUAUAAAAAGUGUUGACAUAAGAUUUGAUGUCGUGUGACAACACUGUCGAGCUGAGCUUUUAUCAGCACUUUAAAAAGAAGCUAAAAGUAACUUAGUUGAAAGGAAACAACCUGGAGCAAUAGUACCGUUAAAAGCAUUUUUAGCUCAAAUAAGUAAACAAAACACAAAGUUGACAAACGAAAAACAGUACAACAUUAGGUUUAAAGAAAUAUUGCUAUUUGGUAUCAAAAGAAAUUAGUUUUUAAAGAUGUGUUGUUCUUUUUUUAACUACAUGUACAUCAGCAUUGCUUUAUUACAUUAAUCUGCUUGGGGAAAGAAAUUGCCAUUUUGCAUUCUCACUGCAAAUCGUGUUAUGAGUUGAAUUUAAAACCAGUUUGUAUUCACAAAGUAAGGGAUGCUAAAGAAUAAAAACGUUACUAUUUUUUGUUUACCUUUUUCAAGCAACUUUUUUCAAAUUUGUAUCACUUUUAAGAGGGUGUUGAAAAAAAAGGCAUGGUAAGACUGUCUGUGUUACAACUUCAGGUAUAAUCAAGACUUGCGUACAGGUCAUUGACUGUUUGUCGUGGUGAUAGCAUUCCGACUCUCUCUGCGAUUCCCACAAGCACUGUUGGUAUUCCCGGAAGACUGCUGUCACCAGCUUUGCGCGAGAGCAGCGAUCUCGUGAGAACAAUAUUCAAUCGCAUAAACCUGAAUCAUUACGCCACGAUGAUGCGACUAUCACCGCGACAAACCAUUAGUGACUUGUCCACAAGUCUAGGUACAAUCCAGUUUCAUUUUCACUGUGUACUUAAUACAUUGGAAUAAAGUACCUCCAACCUUUGAUCAAGGUGGAUUUGAGUUGUGUUCAAUAAACACGAUUAACAAGAUGAAGCUACUUGCAAUAACGGUCCUUCUGAAGAAACAUUCAUAAGCCGCCAGUUCUGCUGUUAGAUUUUUUAACCCCAAUCAUGCCAUUGUACAGAAUCAGAUGUAAAUAUUGUAUUUUGAUAAAAGUGGGCAGUUUUUAAGUGUUACUCACUCACAUUAACUUUCAAAACAAGUUCUUGUCAUGUUCUUGUGAUGCGAUUCCAUUUAAAAAGGAACACAACUGAUACAUUAUGUUGUGCACAAAAAACUUGUGGAUAGAAAAGUACGUAAGUGCAAAGCCAUAUUUACCCUGGUCUGUUUCAUUGUAUAUACUAAACUAGACUCGAAACUGAACGGCAAAAAUAUAAGGCAUUUGGCUUUUUUUAUGAUUCAAAAACACAUCAACCUCAUCAUUCUAAGCAAGUUACGAGUAACACAAGAAAAAUCCCAUGUAAUGUUUUGUUGAUUGCAUCUCUGCUUUUGAUUAUUAUUUAGCUUUUUGUCUGUUGAUAUUUUUUAGACUUGCUUAUCAUGAGUUCAUUUAAUUCUGCAUGCGUUGCUUUAAAUUAACAUAAAUUUACACAGCAUUAUACCCCAUUCAGUUUUUUUUAAACAACAACAAUUUCUAGGUUUUUGUUUUUUUGUCAGGAAAAAAACACACCUCAGGUUACCUGUAAGCUUAUUAUAAGAAACAAUUCAGUGAACAGUAUUGCACAUUUUUCAGUGUACAUUUUUGUUAUUGUUUCCACACAAAAACGCAUGAAAAGUGUCUCUUCCUAACAAACACUCUGUUUACUUGAAGGUUAGUUUCCAUUACAUUGAACAAGUUACAUGUAGAAUGUAAUUUCUUGGCCGUGUUUUGAGCCCUUUACUUGGGUUUAUAGGAUCUUUAUCUCCUUUACAUUUUGGUUUUCAGUACAUGGACCUGAUAAGAGUUGCUAACAUCAAUUUGCUAAGAACAUUUGAAGUUGUACUUCAGAGAAUAUUAGGGCCUUGUCACACGGGGCAUGUUUUAUCGGCAACUUGGAGGCAACCAACUGAAGUGCAUGCUACAGCAGUACUUUGGUAGCACAUAAGUCAUUUUUUGAACAUUGUCUUCUGAUCCACGAGAAAAAAAUGUGAGCAUUCAAAUGUGAAUUGGUUCUCUUUGUGGAGAUUGCCUGGAACUGGUUGCCUGUAUUGGUUCUCUUUGUAGAGAUUGCCUGGAACUGGUUGCCU